AUGGAAUCCAUUUCGAUGAUUCAAUUUUUGCUUCUAAUUCUCUUACAAUCUCUCUGUUUCGCCGCCGGCCAAACGAACGAUUUUCCAAUUUUCCGGUGCAGAACCUCUGAAAAUUUUACAAACAACAGCGUCUACCAAACAAAUAUCGAUACCGCACUCGCCUCCGUCUCCUCCGCCGUCGGGACGCACUACGGGUUCUCCAAUGCCUCGGCAGGCAAAAGUCCAGACACUGUCAGCGCCAUCGCUCUCUGCCGCGGCGACAUCGGAUCGGAAAUAUGCAAGGAUUGUGUCAGAAACUCAAUCGUCCUGCUAAGACGUACCUGUUCUAACCAAAUAGAAGCCUUAAUUUGGAGUUUGAAUUGUACUGUACUCUAUUCAAAUCGUACUUAUAGUCCAACUUAUGAUUCUCGACCUAACGCUAAAUCUCGGAGUUAUGUAAACGCAUCGAACAUUGACGAUUUCGGUAAGGCGUUGAGAGAUUUAGCUGGAAGAUUACGGGCGGAAUCCGCCGGAGGGAACUCUCUACGGAAGUUUGCCACCGGAGAUGUCAAUUACGGGACGGAUUCAUCGAAGAUUUACGGUAUGAUGCAAUGUUCGCCCGAUCUGUCAGCUUUUGACUGCAAUUCGUGCUUGUCGGUUGUGUUUAGUGAAGCUCAAACCUGCUGUAAUGGCGAUAUUGACGUCGGAGUGUUUUUUCCAAGUUGCUAUGUUCGGUAUUCGAAUGCUUCAUUUUAUAAUGAUCCGCCGGCUAUCUCACUGCCAUCUCCGACGCCGUCUUCAACGCCGUCGUCGGCAAGUCCUGGAAUUUGA